AUGGCACCGGUGGAGGCGGAGCAGCACCCGCGGAGCGCGCUGGCGCUCGCGGCGCACGACGCCUCCGGCCGCCUCUCCCCCAUCCGCAUCUCGCGAAGGGACACUGGAGAUGACGAUGUUGCCAUACAGAUACUGUACUGCGGGAUAUGCCACUCUGACCUGCACACCAUCAAGAAUGAGUGGAAGAACGCCAACUACCCUGUUGUCCCUGGGCACGAGAUCGCCGGACUGAUCACUGAGGUUGGCAAGAAUGUGAAGAAGUUCAACGUUGGAGACAAGGUUGGCGUCGGGUGCAUGGUCAACACUUGCCAGUCCUGCGAGAGCUGUGAGGAAGGACACGAGAACUACUGCUCCAAGAUCAUCUUCACCUACAACUCCCAUGACAGGGACGGCACUGUCACCUACGGUGGCUACUCUGACAUGGUCGUUGUGAAUGAGCGCUUUGUCAUCCAAUUCCCUGAUGGCAUGCCCCUUGACAAAGGUUCGCCACUGCUCUGUGCUGGGAUAACCGUGUACAACCCCAUGAAGUACCAUGGGCUAAACGAGCCAGGCAAGCACAUUGGCGUGGUUGGACUUGGGGGGCUUGGGCAUGUCGCUGUGAAGUUUGCAAAGGCAUUCGGGAUGAGGGUGACCGUGAUCAGCACGUCCCCGGAGAAGAGGGAGGAGGCUAUGGAGACGCUUGGUGCAGACGCCUUUGUUGUUAGCAGUGAUGCUAAUCAGAUGAAGGUUGUGAAGGGCACAAUGCAUGGCAUUCUAAACACGGCCUCUGCAAGCAUGUCCAUGUACUCUUACCUUGCUCUCCUCAAGCCCCACGGCAAGAUGAUCUUGCUUGGCCUGCCUGAGAAGCCUCUGCAGAUCUCUGCCUUCUCUUUGGUUGCUGGAGGCAAGACUCUGGCCGGGAGCUGCAUGGGGAGCAUCAGGGACACGCAGGAGAUGAUGGACUUCGCAGCCAAGCACGGGCUGACAGCAGACAUCGAGCUGGUCGGCACUGAAGAAGUGAAUGAGGCCAUGGAGCGCCUCGCCAAGGGCGAGGUCAGGUACCGCUUCGUCAUCGACGUCGGCAACACCCUCAGCGCGGCGUCACUAGCGAGCUCACCGGUCCCAGCUCUGUAG